AUGGCGGACCAAAAGGAAACGGUAAAUGAGCCCGCUCCUGAGGCAUCCAUCAAUUCAGCUACCUUACGACGGCUACCGCCGUUUUGGAAGGAGAAUCCGGCUGCAUGGUUCAUCACAGUGGAGAUGACCUUUGAUCUGGCGCGAAUAACCAGCGACGAUACGAAGUACCGUUACGUGGUGACGAAUUUGGACCACACCGUACUGCCCUUCGUCAUGGACGUAUUGGCCUCUCCACCGGCGCGUGGUAAAUACGAGGAGAUAAAGAAACGGAUCAUCGAAGCAUUUGAUGAGUCCCACGAAACCAAAUUGAGGAAGCUGCUGCGAGGAAGUGAUGUGGUGGACGAGAAACCCUCGCAUUGUUUGCAGAGACUUAGAAAUCUGGCUGGUGGGCAAGUCGGAGAAAACGUUCUGCGUACGCCCUUUUUGGAGCAAUUACCGGAGAGCAUGAGAACUGUUCUCGCUAUUAGCGAUACGGCGGAUCUGCAACGGCUAGCGCUCCUAGCUGAUAAGAUUGCAGAGAUGUCUGUGCCGAGGGUGGCGGCCAUUGAAGCAUCAACCCCUGUGAUUCCACCACCGUCCACCAGGAUAGAGGCGCUGGAGGCUAAGGUGGAGAAGCUAGUCUCGAUGGUGGAGACGCUCACUACGCGACAGUCCCGCCAACCCUAUAGGUCCCAGCCAAGAUGGCGGCCACGCGGUAGCCCUGGAAGGGGGCGAUCUGGAAGGGCGGAUAUCUCCGUAUUGCCGCACAGAUCGGUAAGAGGAGAACCCGCCAUUACUGACUCUAAGAUUUUUGCGGCGAAUGGCACUCCGAUAAGUACAUUCGGAUCGCGGAGGUUGACUCUGAACCUCGGAUUGCGUCGUCCGUACACGUGGGAGUUCAUUGUCGCGAAGGUUCAACAGCCUAUUAUCGGUGCUGAUUUUCUCAAGCGUUUCGGUCUUCUGACGGCGACUCAAACUUCAUUGACGACUGUUGACAUAAACAACCCGUACAGACGACUGUUACAGGAAUUUAUUGCUAUUACUCGGACAGUACAAAAACAGGAAGUUCCCGCCCAUCAGGUACGUCACCACAUAGUAACCAGGGGCUCACCGGUCGCGGAAAGGGCGCGAAGGUUGCCCCCGGAAAAAUUAAAGGCAGCAAAAGCCGAAGUUGACCACCUUAUUGCAGCAGGGAUUUGCCAGCCUUCUAGUAGUCAGUGGGCAAGUCCAUUACAUAUGGUCCAAAAAAAGAAUGGUGGCUGGAGACUAUGUGGUGACUACCGGCGUCUAAACAGCAUUACAGUCCCUGACAAAUAUCCAAUUCCUCACGUGCAGGAUUUCGCACAUAGACUUGACGGAACGACAGUUUUUACUACUUUAGAUUUAACGUGGGCUUAUCACCAGAUACCAAUCAAUCCAGAGGAUCGAGCGAAAACCGCCAUCAUCACGCCAUUCGGGCUAUACGAGUUUAAUGUGAUGACGUUUGGGUUAAAGAAUGCAGCACAGAGUUUUCAAAGAUUCAUGGACGAUGUACUCAGAGGUUUGAACUUCGUUUUCUGUUUUGUGGACGAUAUUUUGAUCGCCUCUGCCAAUGAGCUUGAACACGAGGAGCAUCUGAGGUGUGUUUUUGAAGGGCUAAAGGCUUACGGGUUAUCGAUUAAUUUGUCGAAGUGCGUUUUUGGGGCACAUUCCGUACAGUACCUGGGGUACCUGAUAGACUCCAUGGGAGCCAGGCCUGUACCGGAAAAAGUUGAAGCCAUUAAAAAUUAUAAUAAGCCAAAGACAAUAGCCGAUUUGCGCAGAUUUUUGGGCAUUUUAAAUUUUUAUCGAAGGUUCAUUAAGGAUGCAGCUGCGAUACAGGCUCCACUUCAUAAAUAUUUGGAAGGAGCAAGGAAACGCGAUAAGCGAGUUAUUCAAUGGACGCCUGAGGCUGAGGAAGCCUUCGAUAAGUGUAAAGGCUCAUUGGCGGAUGCAGCACUGCUGGUACAUCCACGCGAUAACGCACCUUUAAUGUUAGCUACAGACGCUUCCGAUAUUGCUAUGGGAGCGGUUUUGCAACAGGAAGUUAAAGGAAUGUGGGAACCACUAGGUUUUUUUCAAAGAAGUUUACACCCCAAGAGUCAAGGUACAGUACGUAUGACAGAGAAUUAA